UCACCGGCUUGCCCGUUCGCCCCACCCUCUGUUUACCUCCCGCUAGUCUUCAUCCCCCUCCCUUCCGCCCUCGCCGAGCCGGCUUAUCGGCAACUCUCGCUGCGAGGGAUUAAACCUAAUCCGUGAUAGCGCGAGUCUCGGUUGACCGUUCAAAUUGCGGUAAAGACCGUUCGGCACCCUCCGUUUUUCGGCUCCCAGAGUGAGAAAUGCGAUUUUGUUUAUACCUAAACGCGGUAUCGUCUGUUGCUAUAAAACGGAUAUUGAAGGGGAGAAUUAGAAAUUUCGUUUACACCUUUGUUUUCAAGUCUCUUCCGCAACCUUUAGCCUUUCUAGCCACGGUUUGUAUGGCAUUGAAAAUAAACGACGUAUCAGUUUUCUUCGAUCGAAACCGGAAUUCGAAGGCAGGAAUUAUUUUUAUCCAAUAUUGAUAGGGUUGCGCCUGCAAUCAGCGAUUCGCGGAUAUUUAUCAAUUUCUUGUUAUUAUUAUUGUUAUUAUGCAUAAUUGCUUGAAGAAUGACGGUAUAUAUGUGACAGGACAUAACGUGACUUUGACGCACGGGAAAAAUACGGUAUUGCAAUGAGAUUUUAUAGCUCUGCUGUGCGUUAUAAAUAAAUAUAUAUAUAUAUAUAUAUAUAUAUAUAUCGUAAAAGGCCUAAGAUUAUUUUCAUUUUCAUUCCGUUAAUUAUCCACUUUUGCUAAUUAUGUAUAAUGCGUAUAUGCGUGUAAUAGAGAAUUUUUCUUAUCAAUAUUUUUAGUGCUACGAUUACGUGGCGUUAUUCUAAUUUAUUAUAUUUAUUGUAUAGUUUGCGCGUGAACUGGAAAAAUUACAAAGACACAGUGUGUUUUAUUUUUCUUACGACAAGUGUUUUUCUCACUCGUAACCGACGGAUACUCGCACCAAGCGUCGAAAAUUUAUCACUGUUGAAUUCAAAUUUCCCUAAUACGGAUACGAAAAUUUGGUUCAAAGUUGUGAAGUGUUGGAAAGAAAAUUGCGCUAUCUAAAAAUUCGGGAGCGAUCAAUCAAUUCGAAGACGUGAUGUCAAGAAUGGAGAAAAUAAUUGCUAGUUAUAAAUCUACAUUGACAACUGACCAGUUUUAAUAAAACGAAAUAUAAUUUGACGGCGUUUUUCGCAACAUGCCAAGUCAACGUGUCGGAAUGAAAGUUUUUGAAAAAAAUAAAUAAGACGGCAGGUCAAAGAGAGAAGGAGAGAGAGAGAGAUAAAGAGACGGAAGGGAUAAGAAGCAUUUAAAACUACGACGUAAAAGGAAAAACGCUCUUACUUUCAAGGAACUAAAUUCAGGUUUAUACACCGCUUCAACGAUCGCCGCAGCGUCUCAAAUAUCACAUACGUGUAUUUACAUGUGCCUACGUAUAAACCUGACUUCGACCAGUUAACAUUGGGCUUUAUAAAUACGCGAUGAGACUACUUCGCACUUGACGUUCCUUUCAAGGAAUUCUUGGGCUCCGUAAUUCGUCACGUUUAUACGAGGUCAAGAUCGCAAGUUUUAGAGCUGGCUGCUGUAUAUACACAGACUAACGAUAGCAGCAGAAGUGAGAAAUGUUUCCGGUAAAGGAACCGCGGAAAUGUUAUCUGAUUGCACUUCAGAAAGUACUUAUUGAUGAAAAAUAAACAUUGGAUCAUCGAGACUCAGCUGUACUUGAGAAAGAAUUACAAUAGAGACCGACCUCCACUCGGCACCGAAUACAGAAAUAUGCAUUUUCACGAGGCUGACGAGAAAUUAGAUAAAAGGAAACGCUAUCUCAAGUGGAUAAUCAAAAUCGAGACGAUUCAUUAUUAAAAUACAAGUGAUUACGGGAUGCCAUGGAUUUGCCUCUUCCUCGUGGAUUCGUGCAACGACACGCGUUCUUUCAUGAAUAUUCGAUCGAGAGCCGAGGUUCUGGUUAUAAAGGACCUCGGACAUUACCUGCGAUGAAUAAUCGCCCGAAGCUUUUGUCGCAACGGUCGAAAGAACCGAAAUGUGGGAAACAACAACGUCUCGCUGUUUCGUUCUGAUUGUAAUAACUCGGGGCUGCCUAUGCUAUGGGGCAAUUAAUCCUGACGACGUAUCAGUCAUGUCUCGUUUUGCUAUUGACGCAACAAAGGCGGACGGAAUCGGGACAAACCCGUCAGCGGUUACUGCGUUUCUCUGCUUGGAAAAAGACGAGCUUGUUCAACUGGUUCACCAGGCCUCAGAACGAAACGUUUUAAUUGCUGCCAAAACACCACGCGCAGACUUUGAUAAUGACAUAUCUUGACCAGAUCUGGAUCGUCAUCGUAACUAUUACAUAAUUGACGUCGAUUGUCCAGGUGCUUUUGAUAUUUUGAUAGAGGCAAACUCAGCUGGCAUGUUUAUAGCACCAACAAAGUGGCUUCUGCUCCAAGAUUCAAGGAGUGGCGGGAAUGUGUCCGAUAAACCGUCACGAAUUAUGGACCGAGAGAUUUUUGAGCUAUUUGCGAACAUGUCGAUAUUUCCCGACAGCGACGUGGUUAUCGGGCAGAGAGUAAAGUCGGACUUCAUCAAAUUGAUUUCGAUCUACAGACCAAGUAAUGCGCGCAAUCUUGUCAUCGAGGAUCGAGGAUACUGGAAAGACGGAUUAGGCAUAACCUUAACCUCAACGCGGAUUUCCUCCGUUCGAAGAAAGAACUUGCAAGGAACACCGCUCAAGUCAUGUUUAGUCAUUACAGAUCCCGAUUCGAUCAACCAUUUGACUGAUUUCGAGGACCGGCAUAUAGACACGAUAGCCAAGGUGAAUUAUCCGUGGAUACUUUCCUUGGUGGAAAUAAUGAACGCAACAGUGAGCUUCGAGACCGUCGAAAGCUGGGGCUACCGAGCCUCGAACAAUACGUGGAGCGGGAUGAUCGGUAUGCUGGAUCGAAAGGAGAUCGAUUUGGGAGGCACGGCUUUGUUCUUCACUAAAGAGAGAAUCGACGUGAUUCAGUACAUUUCGCUCUACACGCCCACAAGGGCAAAGUUCAUCUUUCGACGUCCGUCCUUGUCUUACGUUAGCAACGUGUUUGUUUUACCAUUUCGACCGACCGUAUGGAUAGCGAGCAUGGUGUUCAUCAUACUGGUAUCCGUUCUCCUGUACGUCGCCUGGAAAUGGGAAUGGCACACUACCCCGAAUGAAGUGAGGAAAAAGCUCCUCUUGUCCGGAAAUACAGCUCGCAUUUCGUUCAGUGACAAUAUGCUCAUUAUGAUCGGGGCAGUUUCUCAGCAAGGAUCUACGUUCGAGCCGCGCCGGGUUUCCACACGGAUUAUCGUACUGAUGAUGUUCAUCGCGCUUUUGAGCCUGUAUACUUCGUACACCGCAAACAUAGUCGCUUUACUCCAAUCCUCAACUGGUUCUAUCAAUACCUUGGACAAGCUUUUACGCAGUUCUUUGAAGAUUGGGGUCGCCGAUAUCGUCUACAAUCGUUACUUUUUACCGACGUUUCAAGACCCAGUUCGCAAGGCUAUAUACGAGCAAAAAGUUGUACCAAAAGGUCAAAAGCCAGCGUGGAUGAGCAUGGAAGAGGGAGUGCGAAGGCUGAGGAACGGGCAAUUCGCGUUUCACGCUGAAUUAGGUUCGGCCUACAAAUUGGUGCAGGAGACAUUCCACGAGGACGAGAAGUGCGGUAUUCAAGAAAUCGACUAUAUGAACAUCCUCGAUCCUCUUUUAGCUAUCCAAAAGCGCUCACCGUAUCUGGAGAUAAUAAAAGUUGGGGCGCUGAAGUUACGCGAAAGCGGAUUACAGACCCGUUACAUAACACGAUUAUACUCAAAAAAGCCGACAUGCAACGGUCACACCAGCUUCGUGAGCGUUGGCUUGAUCGACGUUUACGCACCCUUCGCAAUAAUUGUUGGUGGCGUAUUAUUGUCGCCGAUUGUUCUCUUAUUCGAGUUCAUCUGGUAUCGACGAAAAGUGCAACGCGAUGCUGCGGGGAAGAAAUCAUCCAAUAAACGCAGCAGACAUUCCUUCGAAGAUUCUUCUGAGUGGUCGCAAAGUAGUAAAGUAAUAAAGUAGUACAAAGUUAUUCGCAUAAUAGGUCUCAGAUUUGUCUUUUUUCCUAAUUAUUUGAAACUCGAAUACUACACAGACUUAUAAUAUCAGAGUCAUAUAUCAACAACGAUUAAUUAAAACUUGUAUCGCCAAAGGUAGCCAUGUAAGACUAUCGCAUACUAGACAGCCUCAUCAUCAGAACUCCUCUUAUCUACGAUUAACUUUGUAAAAUCUCGAGACGUACUUGGCGCGGUUAUCUAUCUACACACUCGUAAAUUAAAUUGUCGUACUAUGAACGUAGAAAAAACUUUCUUGGUACAUCUGUAUCUAUCAAUUACUACAAACUCCGUUUUCUUUUUCGACUGUGUACAGGUUCGAUCAAAUGGUGUGAUCAAACGCGAAUUUUGGAGGUAUUUUUUACCCAAGGGAACAUUGAUCGACAGUAAAAGAUGAACAAGUAUAUAUACAAUCAGUCGCUGAAUACUUAAUUAAUAUUGCAAAUUACACGCAAAUUCUGCAGCUAAGAACGAAUUGUAUUUGCCUUUUUGAUUUUGGAUUAUUUUCUAUAUUGGAAUAACCUACAUUUUUGUGACAGUAUUCUACAUUUUCAGCAAAACUGUCUUCUUCAAAUGUCAUCGGUCGAGAUAUUUUGAGAAAGCUACUUAAAAUGGGUCCAAAUUUGAACGAUGAACUCGAAUCAAAAUCGAAUUUAUUAACGUAAUAUAACUGGCAUUGAAAUUCACGGGGAGAUGGAUUAUUGAAGAAAAAUGAAACAAGAUUUGUGCACAAAUUGACUUGCACAAGUGUACCAAUAUACAUAAGACUUUUAAUUUUACUGGUAAAAGUUCUUAGCGGGCGAUAGCGUGUCACCAUAUUUGCCCAAGAUUAAGAAUUGCAACUAUGUGCGGACAAAUUGACGUUGACGGAACGUUUCUAGAAGCCUACUAGCACCCGUAUACUGAGCCUCGCGCACGUUGUCAGAAGUAUAUUGUACGUUUUUUUGAAUCGUUUUUUCACGUUUCUGAAAGUAGAUUUUAGUAAGCACGUUUUAAUGGACUUAGAAAUACCGGGUCCAUGAAACGACUAAUAUAAGUUGUAGAAUUUACUCCAGUUGUCGCUAGUCAUUGCCCAGUUAUUCGAACAUAAAUUGACACAAUUGAGAAAGGUCACAAAGUAUGCUCAAGUAUCUGCUUAAUAAAAUCUUGAUAAAGAAAGAUAACGAUUGAAUGCAGUACGCUCUCUCUUGUCUAUGUAGGAAGUAAAAAUAUAUGUUUUGGGUGCACAUUUAAAAACCAGAAGUAACAUUGUUGGUUGGUUUCAAUUACGAACGAAACUGCAGUCGCAUGUAUUUCAUAUCACAAUACCAUUCGAAUAAUAUAUUCUUUCGUUAUAAAUAAUAAAUUAGUGGAAACUAUACACGUACAGUAGUUAAUAUCGCAUUGACACACGUUAUUUUAACGCAUAAGGAAACAAUUCUGCCUAGCCCAUUUCAAUUAGUCACUGGAUUAGUCACCUUUGUCGGAUUGUGCUAAACACGUAAAAUUAGCUUCGCGCGAUGCGCUGAUGCGAUUUUAUUGAAAGAUUUUGCCC